AUGGCAAAAGCGCAUCUGCUCUCCCUCCCGACCGAAAUCCUCCAAUCUAUUUACCUACACUGCCUCUCACCCCACCUACCCCACGCAUCACCUAUACUGGCAACCGCGCUCUCUACGCAACACAUUUACAAGAUCACCUUCCUGCACGCUUUCUGGAACAGGACGCCUCUCGUCUACGCUGGAGCACAAGUUCAACAAGCCUACGAGCCCGGUCCACACGUGCAGGAUCUUUUCUGCCCGCUGCCCGUGCCUAGCAGAGAAAUUGACGACGCUCGCGCACGCACGAAACGUCAAGAGGCGGUGCUCGAGUACCGAUGGUGUACAUUCCACCGCGCGAAACGAUAUCUCUCAGAAGCCAUGUCAGCAGUAAUGAAGGACCUGCUCUUGACGCUUCACCUGCCCUUAUCACCUUCCGAUCAAACGCGCCUAGAAGCCUUUAUCGCCCAGCUUCCAGCCCGCCGUUGCACCUUCAGCGCCACAGCCCUCGAUGGAAGCACCAUCGCUCUGGAGUACCCACGCCGCUUAGCGACCGCCAUACGAGUGACCUACAACGGACACGACCCGCGCUUCGACACCCGCGCGACUCCGAACCUGACGGUAUCGCCUACGCACGUUCUAUGCCUGCCCUCGCAUAUUCUCACGGGCCACCCGACAUGGACGCAUUCUCGAAUCGACUUUGUGCAAAUGGUCUGCAGCCACGUGGACCUCCGCACAGUACAGUACGAUCCGUCGGCGCUGUACGAAGGGAUGAGGAAUGCGAUUGUGCAGGGUAAUCACGAGGCGCUUCUCGUACUCAUAUGGCACGCUAGCAGGUUUGCUGAGUAUAAGGAGACCCCAUCGCAUGACGAUCGCCCAUUUGAGCCGCCGGCGGAGCUUUUUCGGCUGGUCGCAAAGCGCGGUGGGCCCGAAGUCGCAACUUUGGACCGACGCCCCGGCCCCGAGGCUGUGAGCGACGCCACGGUCUCCGUCAGACUUUUCGCGCUCCUCCUCCGCGCGCACGCAGAGUCGAUGCCUCGAAACGACCCGGACAUCACGGCAUGGGCUCACCGACUCCUCACCUGCCAGGGUAGUAGCAAAAACGAUCGCGCUUUUGCCCAAUGGGUGCUGGACUGGGGGAGUGAUGGGAGGAGUGAUGAGUACAUCAAUGAACGGUAUACAUUGAGAAGGUUGGAGGUUGAAAAGGUCAAAAGGCCAAUGUUCAGGGGAGGGUGUGUUUCGCGGAAGAGGAAAGGGGAUGAGAUGGCGGAGCGAUUCGUGGAGAUGUGUGGGGGGCGGAUUGAGAGUUUUGGGGAUGAGGUGGAGGCGGUCGAGGGAGCGAAGGGUGGUUGA